AUGGAUAUCUUGAUCACAAAGUUGAGAGCUCAAGGCUGGUCACACUUGUUUCUGCAAGGUGAUCAUCAAAGAAAGUUUGGAAAAGAUGAAGUUUAUGAGUUUUACAUAAAUGGGGUUGCCAUUGGGCAGAUGUUCUCAACCACUGUUCAUGGGAAAACCAUCAAUAUCUAUCUUGCUGAUCUGGCUAGAAUUCUGAAUUUUCCUAUUGAGGGUUGGGGUUAUUAUAUGAAGGAUACGCAAAUUCUUAUAGAUCUUCCUCAACUCAUGAUCAAGCACAUACAAAGGGUCUUGAUCCAAGAUGCAAAUGGUCAUGCUUUGCCUUAUGAAUUCUGGCUUGCAUCUAUUUUUGAGAUUUUCAUGUACCAGUCAAAUUAUGUUUUACUGUGCAAAUCUCAGGAAUAUAGUUGGUUAUUCAAGGCGUCCUGUAAGCUUGGUGCUGAUACAUUUGUAGUACGUACGUUCAAUGAUGAACACACCUGUUCAAUAAUGGACAGAGCUUUUGAGCAGCAGCAUGCAAUAAUUGGUUUUAUAGCAAGAAUAACAGCUCCAAAGUUGGUGAACCACAAAAGAAUAAUCACCCCAAGUGACAUUAUUGAAGAUAUUAAAAGGGAACUUGGUUUGGUCUUAUAUUACAUGAUGACGUGGUGUGCUAAAGAACGUGCUUUAAAUAUAUUGAGAGGGCGACCAACUGCCGGAUAUAAGAAAACGCCUACCUACGGAUUUGGGUAUUGUAGGCCUGUUGUGGUACUAGACGGUAGUCACAUGAGUGGACCAUAUAAGGGAACAUUCGUUUCAGCUAGCACACUUGAUGGAGCAGGCCAUAUAUUGCCGCUUGCGUAUGGAGUUGUAGAUUCUGAGAAUGAUUCAUCCUGGAUGUGGUUUUUCCAAAAGAGUAAGGAAAAGCUAACCGGCGAGUUUUUUGCCAUGACUAAAGCAUACAGGUUGGAUGAUUUUGAUGAGCUUAUGUGCAAGGUGGGAAAGAUUGACAACAAAGUAAAGGCAUAUCUGAAAAAUGCUGGAUUUGAAAAGUGGUCACGAGUUCAUGCUCUAAUAAAUAGAGGGAGGAUGAUGACUUCCAACAUAGCAGAAUGUCUCAACUCUCAUCUUGUUGAGGCACGUGAACUGCCAAUUUUAGAUUUUCUUGAACAAAUUAGGGAAUCAACUAACUACAUAUACAGUGUGUAUGAAGAAGGAAGAAAAUACAUUGUUCGGUUGGACAACAGAACGUGCAAUUGUGGUAGAUUUCAGCUCGAUGAGAUACCAUGCGCGCACGCUAUUGCUGUUUUGAAAAGCAAACAUGUAAAGAAAAUGAAGCCAUAUUGUUCUGAUUACUACAAAAAGGAGACACUUGUGAAGACUUAUGAAAUGCCAUUGUGUCCAAUGCCCGAUAAAUGA